AUGGUCUACUUUAGUGGAUCUCUCAAACUGAUGGUGCUGGAAGCGAAAGAUUUACGGCCAACGGACUUCGCGACCAGACACCAAAUGAACAAGCUAACCCAAAUAGACCCUUACAUUUCUAUAGACAUAGACGACGUCCUAAUUGCCCGGACUCAGUCCAAAUCAAAGACCAACAGACCGGUAUGGAACGAGAAUUUCCAGACAGAGGUGCACAACGGCCAAAUCAUUGGACUAACAGUUUUCCACGAUGCUGCAAUUCCUCCGGACGAAUUUGUCGCUAAUUGCUUUUUACCACUGGAGGAAUUCAAGACAAACCCCGACAGCUGGAUUGGCUUAAGCAUCUGGCUGUACAAAACUUACCUCAAUAAAUUCUAUUUGAUCCCUAUCCAAGCAGACAUGGAAAAGUGA